AUGGGACCGCAGGACAUGGGCUCAGAAGCUCCAGACUCUUCGGAGAGCGAAGAAGCUGAGGAGGGCAAAGAAGCCCCGCAGGAGGGUGAAGAAGGCGACGACCCGGCGGAGCAGUUCUUCUGGCGAUCCGUUGACGAAAGGUUUCGUCCUGAGCGCUUUCGCGACCAGCAGCAGCAAGUCAGGAGGAAAGACAUGACCGCCACCUCGGCUAUGCUCCCCACGAACCCAUUUGCGGCGUUCCUGGCCGUCAGCCUUUCCUGCCCGGACGUGACCCUUGGUGCCGAGCUGGGUGCAGACUUCGAGGGCGACGUGGUGCCUGGGAUGAACGCCAUGGUGACGGGUCCGAUGACGCUGGAGGGAACCAACGUACCGCCCCUCUCGGACUACACAACCUCGACUCCUACCUGGUCGUGUCCCUCAUUGACCACUCCUACGUGCGCUCCUGGUCCGACCCAGGCGGGGUGCGAGGCCUCCGUGGCUUUCAUUCAGGAUGCCAAGGAGCCGCUGGUCACCGGGAACCGGUUCAAAUGCACCUACCUGGUCACCAGCAUGGGCGGCAACACGCGGUGCAGACCGGCAAGCAUGGUCAAGAAUGGACCGGGCGACUGGAGCGGCACCUGCUUGUACGGGAGCACUUUCCGGACCUACACUCGAACGAGGGACUGCACCCUGGCAGAGUUCGAGCAGCAUGUCAAGGAUGCCAAGGACGACCUGGAGAAGGUCUUCGAGUAUUUUGAUGACAUCACAGCAACCUUGGUGGAUGACAUCCUCACUGACCUGCAAGACCUCGUGCAAAGGGAGGUCAUCCGAAAGGUCACGAACCUCCUGGACAACUUGAACUGCGGCUUCAUGAGAGAGUUUUGGCAGGGCCUCACCGACAACAUGUGCUACCGGGGCAUGAACGGCUUCCGCCUGAUUGCAAACAGUUACGUGAUCUCCGGCCUCCUCUCCCUGAUCAUCGCUCUCUUUAUCCUAGUGCCGUGGAAGAUCUCGAGGGACAACGCCGACAAGUACGGCUCCGAAGUAGGCUCCUACCAGCCUGGGCCAGCGUAG